UUGAUUGCAUUUGUAUUUAAAAAACAUAAAAAACAAGUAAGUAAAGUAAAUAUGAGCAAUCCCCAGGAUGAAUUGUGUCCACCACCAUCGGAAGAUGACGAACUGACAUUACCACGUGCUAGCAUUAACAAAAUAAUCAAGGAAUUAGUUCCAUGUGUGCGUGUUGCAAACGAAAGUCGCGAGCUUCUGUUGAAUUGCUGCUCUGAAUUUAUACACCUCAUUAGUUCCGAAGCUAAUGAAGUAUGCAAUGUUAGAAAUAAGAAAACUAUUAAUGCCGAACAUGUUUUGGAAGCGCUCGAUCGUCUGGGAUUUAAAGAUUAUAAACAGGAAGCAGAGGCGGUGCUCAACGAUUGUAAAGAAGUUGCAGCAAAACGGCGUCGACAAAGCACGCGUCUUGAAAAUUUGGGCAUACCAGAGGAGGAAUUACUCAGACAACAGCAGGAACUUUUUGCCAAGGCCAGAGAGGAACAAGCCCAAGAGGAGCAACAACAGUGGAUGAGUAUGCAAGCUUCAUCGGUACAACAAAGUCGACAGAUGCAAGAGGAUGAUGACGAAGACGACGAUGAUUAUUAGAAGCGUGCCUAUGAUUAAGAACGAAUAGUACUAAGAAUUAAGUAGAUUUACAGUUUCUAUAGAUAAAUUUGCGUAAAAUCGAUUUUGGUAUACGUAAAAUAUAAUGUAAAAGUCACAUUUUUCUAUGAUUUAAAGAAAGAAUUUAAUAAAAAUGGCAUUCAUUUGUAAAUAUAUAUUAAAAAAUGUAUUUGAGUUGCACCUCAUUUAAGGCACAGGCAUAUAUGUUUUAAUUUAUUUUACAAAAUAAGAAAGCAGAUGAGGCCGAGGGUUUUAAUUUAAUAAAAUAAUUUUUCUUAUUUGGGUUUAUAUAAGUAUUCAAUAAAACUGGCAUUCAUUAGGAAACAAAUAUUAAACAAUUUAUUUGAGUUCCGUACUUAGUACCAUAUCUUAAAUAAUCAAUUGAUCAUUUACACCUCAUUUACGGCACAGGCAUAUUUCGUAUACUUUAUUAUAUAAAAUAAGAAGCCAAAAGAUAUUUUUUAAUUUAUUUUACAAAAUAAGAAAGCAGAAGAGGCCGAGGGUUUUAGUUUAAUAAAAUAAUUUUUCUUAUUUGGGUUUAUAUAAGUAUUCAAUAAAACUGGCAUUCAUUAUGAAACAAAUACUAACAAUUUAUUUGAGUUCCGUACUUAGUACCAUAUCUUAAAUAAUCAAUUGAUCAUUUACACCUCAUUUACGGCACAGGCAUAUUUCUUAUACUUUAUUAUAUAAAAUAAGAAGCCAAAAGAUAUUCGACUUUAAUAAAGUUAUUUUUUAUUUGGUUUUACAUAA